AUAUGAAUACAAUUUAUACUUAAAAAAAUUAAUGAAUAUUAAAACUAAAAAUCCUUUGCACAGGAAAGAUGGUAAAUUCUUUUAAAUCUUGUAAAUUAUCGUACCAAUAUGGCUUAUACUCAAAUGGAUUUGAGCAAAAACACGAAGUUCACUUUUCUACUUAUUAUUUAUGGAGCAUAUCUGCUUUGUGGGGCGGUUAUAUUUCAAACAUUUGAAACACCGAACGACGUUCAGCAUUUAAAAGAUAUUAGAAAACUUCGCAAGAUGUUAAUGAUCACUCACAAUCUAACUUACGAAGAAUUUGAUUCCAUGGUUUGGAAAUUGUUCAAAGUGUUAAAGAGAAGUUGUCGUAACGUCGACGAAUGUAGCGAGCGUUGGGACUUUUAUUCAUCUCUAUAUUUUGCUGUAAGCGUCGUUACAACGAUAGGUUACGGACAUUUAUCGCCUGAGACAAGUUCUGGCAAAAUAUUCUGUAUCAUUUUUGGUUUAAUAGGCAUUCCUAUAAACGUCAUGAUAUUGAAACAAGUCGGUGACGGACUGGUCUCUUUCAUACAAUACGCAAUACGCAGUUUCGAGUCGCGAUUUUUUGACACUGUAAGCAAAAAUAUGCGCAGUAAAACCGUCAUCGUUAUAUUGUAUCUCAUAAUGGUGAUAUUAAUGAUUGGAGGAUGUUUGUACACUUUGACUGAACCCUGGGGAUUUCUAGAUAGUUUGUACUUUUGUUUUGUAACUUUCACUACUAUUGGUUUUGGAGAUCUGGUACCGAAUGAAGGAAAGGCACCAAUCGGUCGUUACCAGGCCAUGAUAGAGGUUGCGCGAGCAAUCAUCCUAGUUCUCGGUCUUUCAGUCUUUUUUGCUUUCGUUCAUCUGGUGUUAGCAAUCAGUGAGGAUUUGAAGUCCAUAUCUCAAAAAGACGUUGCCCAGAACAACAUGAAUAACGCAAAAGAUAAAAUGUUAGAAAAUUGUGAUGCACCAACGACUCAAAGAAAAAAAGAAAACGAAUAGAAAUAGUUGAUUCCCGCAAAUUAUUCUGACUAUAAAAGGUAAACAGAAUAACAAAAAUAAUUGGAGUUGACCAAAGUUGGGACAAGAAAUUUGUAAUUAAAUCUACCACGAAAUACAAUACUUUUUAUACAUUAAAGUAAAAA